CUGUCAGAGGAAGUGAAUUACCGACGUUUAUGCAGAGAAGAAAGCAGCGAUGCCUGAAUCAACCGAGCACGUUGAGGGAGGAAAUAUGUCUCCCAUUUCCCCCCUCAACGAGGACACUGAGGACGAGGACGUUGGGGGGGCAAAUACGACUCCUAUGUGUCCCCCCAACGAGGACGUUAAGGACAAGGAUGUUGAGAGCGCAAAAACGACUUGUACUUGCCCGCCCAAAGUUCACCCCCUAUUAGUUGUAGGUGCAGUUUGUCUAAUUGUAGGUGCUCUAGUAGUUGGUCUACCAGCUUUUAUCCUUUAUUUGAAGGGUAAAAGUGAGUGUGUCAAGGAACCCAGUGCUGAUUGCCCUUUUUCAAAAGCUGCUGUGGCCGCAGACUCCGAGAAAUGUUCACGGAUUGGACGGGACAUUCUUCAGAAAGGCGGCUCUGCAGUAGAUGCUGCCAUUGCUGCGCUGCUGUGCACCUCCAUCAUCAACCCACAGUGUGCAGGGAUCGGAGGCGGGGUCAUAUUCACUGUGAUGGACAGCUCUGGUAAAGUGAAAAUCAUCAACUCCAGAGAGACUGUCCCCAGAAAUGUGAACUCUGACCUGCUUAAGUUGUGUCGUAAAACCACAGAGCAGACCACGGAGUGGCUACAAGGUGGGCUCAAAUGGAUUGGGGUUCCUGGGGAAAUUCGAGGUUAUGAAGCAGCACACCGGCUUUAUGGGAAGUUGCCGUGGGCCGACCUCUUUCAGCCGACCAUCAAAUUAGCCAGAGAAGGAUUCCCUAUUCCUUACUACCAAGGUCAACACAUCCCACGCAUUAAUAAUACGUCAAUACGGAAGUUAUAUUUAGAUAAAAAUGGGAACCUGCUUAAGACCGGGGAUACUGUGAAAUUUGAGAAACUGGCUGACACUUUGGAGAUGAUCGCAAACGAGGGACCAGAUGUGUUUUACAACGGAACAAUAGCAAAGAAUUUAAUCAGUGACAUUCAGGAUGCAGGAGGAAAACUCACACUGGAGGACUUGGCAUUGUAUCAAGCUAAUGUGACUGAUGCUUGGAAUAUUUCUUUGGAAGAGUACCGGAUGUACUUCCCUCCGCCCCCUGCAGGGGGAGCCAUACUCAGCCUCAUCCUCAACAUCAUGAAAGGAUACAAAAUGAAUUCAGAACCUAAGACGACUGAUGAAAAGAUUUUGUUUUAUCACCGUUAUAUUGAAGCUUUAAAAUUUGCCAAUGGAUUAAAGAAACAUAUCAGAGAUCCAAACUUCAGCUCAGAUAAAAUGGCAAAGAAUUUGACAGAGGAUAGCUUUGCCAACCACAUACGGAGCUUGAUCAGCAGCGACAAGACUCACGAUCCCCAGUAUUACGGCAAAAACUCAUAUCUGGACAGCAUCGGCACCACACAUGUAUCUGUGCUGGCUGAAGAUGGAUCUGCUGUGUCUGUCACCAGCAGCAUCAAUGAUGAAUUUGGGUCCAAUGUCCUCUCUUCAAGCACUGGAAUCAUCCUCAACAACCACCUAAAUGACUUCUGUGGUAGAGCUGAUAACAUCUUUCAUGGGGAGCGGCCUCCCUCCAAUAUGGCCCCUUCUGUGCUGAAGUCUCCGUCGAAGACGCUGGUGAUUGGAGGGUCUGGUGCUGAAAUGAUUCCACCGGCAGUGGCCUCGGCGCUCAUGAACCACCUUUGGUUUGGAAAGAGCCUUAAGGAGGCAAUUAUUACGCCUGUUGUUCUUGUAGACUCUAAAAGUGAAGUAAAACCUGAACCCAAGCUUGAAAAGGCUUCUCAGCCAGACGAGCUGACCAUCGAGGAGCAGGAAAUCUUGGAGGUCAUCGAUGAUGGCGACACGGAGGACUGGGUCAAGGACCCUGUCAUCAAGAUACCAUUCAGCAAUGUGUACCAGCAUGUGUGCACAUACCGGGACCUGUACUAUAAAACAUUUGAGCUUCCCGCCUGCCCACCUGGUGUAGACCCGAUCGUCACCUACCCUGUGGCUUUGAGUUGCCACUGCGGUCGCUGUGCCAUGGACACAUCUGACUGCACCUUUGAGAGCCUGCAACCUGACUUCUGCAUGAAUGACAUCCCUUUCUACUACUAAAAGAAGCUCAAUCAUAUUUAAACACAUUAUACAGAGUAUACGGAAGCUGCCCUGUUGUUUAGAAUCAACCAGUAAUUACAAAAAAAAAAAAAAUGUUUCUGCUAUCGAAAUAAACACAUGAUGAAUAUUUCUCUCAAACAGUGUCUUAAAAAAAAAGAUAAAAGGUAAUUGACGCCUGACGUCUGAAAGUUGACGCCACAGCUGGAGUAACUUUAACUUUCCUCAUAUCUUAAGGCCAGCAGAGAUUCAAAAUGACAUCUGUGUAAAAUUUACAUGGAAAAAAGUUCUUUCUGUAAAGUGAUAUAUAACCUAAUUCAACAGUUUAUGAAGAAUUUAUGUCCCAUUGCUAGUUUCAAGUCUUACUGAUGUGACACGAUGCAUUCACUUCAUAAACUGUGGAUCCGAUUACAGUCAGCCUUAGUAACUCUAAUUUGUGACUCUAAUUGGAUUUCAUCUACUUUAAUUGGACAUUAAAGUAGGCAAGAAAACUACAUUGAAGAUGGUUGAGCUGGCUAAACGCUGGUGGUAGAGAUGAAGAUGGCGGCUUGAAUGGAUCACCUAUUAGUGAAGAAACGAUUUGACUUUUACCAAUGGGAUCUUAAUAUCAUAGCUGUUAACCUCCCUUGUGGCCAUAAAAUGUGGAAGCUGCAAUGCCCAUCAUGUUGAAAAGAAAGUUCAAGUUCUCUGUUCAGCUAAAAGAGACUUUUUCACUGGGAUGUCAGACCUCAGGAUCUUAAGCAGAGAAACAGCCAGUUUUUUAUUGAUGAAAAAUGUAUU